GCCAGCAGCCACCUCACCGCCCAUCCAAACCCCGCCGCCUCCCACAGCGCCGCUCCGAGUCCGGCUUCAGCCUCAUCCCAUGAGCAUGGUCCUCGACGAGGUCGAAUCCGCCGGCACGCAUGGCCAGGACUGCCUCCCCCACUCUAGCAGCCCCGGCCGGUCUGCAGCUGCAGCUGGCGGCGGCGGCGGCGGCAAUAACGACAGCUGGGCCCGCGAGCUGCUCCGGCGCGGAUGGGGCCUGACCCGAACGGCCGCCAUCGCGGGCGCCGCGGCGACGGCCGCGCCGGUCGUGGCGCCGCCGCUGCUCGUCCUCUCCGCCGCCGGCGUCGCGCUGUCCGUCCCAUUCGCCGCCUACCUCGCCAGCCUCGCCGCCGCUAACCACCUCACGGGCGCGCUCCUCCGCUCCUGUCAACCGCCGCCGCAGCCGUGCCCCCAAGAAUACGACGACCUGGAGCAAGAAUUCCUCGACGCGUCGGAAGGGUACGGCCAAGAGGCCCCGGUGUUCGGCCAUUUGGAUACCGUAACAGGGCAGGGCAUCGUCGAAGAGGAGGACGGCAGCGACACUUCGCUGCCCCUCUCACGGGAUCCUGGCGCGCUUGCCGACGACGAGGUAGAAGGUGAAUUUUCUGCCCAAGAAUUUUCUGCACCAUCAAAGCCACUGUUUCAGGAAGAGGAUACUCUAGUUCAGAAAAGAGGAGAAGAUGAAUUCUCUGUGCUGAAUUCAGACCAACAAUUACUGCAAUCAAACAAUUGGAAGGAAAAAGAGGAUGGCGUGUGUUCUAUAAACAAUGAAGAGGAUGACAGAACUAUGGAGGAAAACAGGCCUGCAAAGGAGACGGUGUCGCAGAGCUUCUAUUUUCCUGAAUUGGGUGUGCCAGCGUCCGGUGGUGACGACGACAUUGUGGUCCAGGAGAAGGGAGAAGAUGAGUUUUCUGUACAAAAUUCAGGCCAGCAAUUUCAGUCAAAGAAUUUUGGUGAAAAAGAAAAGGAGGAUGGGGAAAUUAUGGAGGAAAAUAAGCCUACCAAGGAGACGGUGUCGGAAGAGGCUCCGGUGUUUGGCUAUUUGGAUACUGAAACAGAGCAGGCCAUCAUCAAAGAAGAAAACGAGAGCGACACUUCGCCGCUGCUGCCAUGGGAUACUGGUGUUUCCGAAUCAUCGGCGCCUGCGUUUGCCGACGACGAGGUGGAGGAGGUGCAAGGUGAAUUUUCUGCCCAAGAAUCUGGCCGUGAUUCAUAUAUGUCAAACCGUGGCAACGAUACAGAGGAGCACACACCAUUGGAAGGAAGGGAGUCUACUCGAAAGGAGACACUACCGAGGGGCUUUGGUGUUCCUGCAUCAGCAAAGCCACUGUUUCCAGAAGAGGAUAAUGUGGUUCAGGAAAAGGGGAACGGCGAAGAAGCUGUACAAGUAUCAGGCAAGCAACUAUGUCAAUCAAAGAAUUGGAAUGAAACAGAGGAUGUCAUGUAUUCUCAAGAAGAAGGCAAUGGUAAAACUAUGGAGGAAAACAAGAAUAUGAAGGAGACGGUGUCGCAAGGCCUCUGUUUUCCAGAAUCGCGUGUGCCAGCAUCAGGCGGAGACGAUGACAAUGUGGUCCAGGAAAAGGGAGAAGGUAAAUUUGCUGUACAGAAUUCAAGCCAACAAUCAUUUCAGUCGAAGAAUUUGAAUGAAAAAGAAGAAGAGGAUGGCAAAACUACAGAGGAAAACAAGUCUACCAAGGAGAUGCUGUUCUAUGAAUCGUCUGUGCCGGCAUCAGGUGAUGAAGACAAUGUGGUUCAGGAAAAGAGAGAAGAAGGUGAUGUUUCUGUAGAGAAUUCAGGCCAACCACCAUUUCAAUCAAAAAUUUGGAAUGAAAAAGAAGAGGAUGACAAAAGUACAGAGGAAAACAAGUCUACCAAGGAGACGCAUUCGCGAGGUUCCUAUUUUCCCGAAUCGAGUGUGCCAGCAUCAGGUGAUGAAGACAAAAAGGGAGAAGAUCAAUUCUCUGUACACAAUUUAGGCCAACAUUCACUUUUAUCGGACAUCGGAGAUAAGAAAGAGCAUGGCAUAACAAUGGAGAAAAAGAAGUCUGCCGAGGACAUGCCACCAGCUCCAGUGUUCCAUGGUGAAGACAAUGUGGUUCAGAGCAAGGAAGGAUUUGAAGUUGCAGUGGAGGGAGUGUUGGAAGAAGCUAAUAGCAACACCAAUCUUGUUAUGGCCGAAGUGGUUGAUUCUCAAGUGGAAAUUAUUGUAACUUCAGCACCUGAAAGUGAGGUGCUGCCGCCGAGCACCGAUCUCGUUAUGGCCGAAGUGGUUGAUGUGCAAGUGGAGAUCAUUGCAGCUGCGGCACUAGAUAGUGGGGAGAUGUCACCGAGUAAUCUUGUGGCUCCUGAGUUACAUCCAGAUAUUGUUACAGGGGAAGUAAAUGAUGUGUAUGUCGGCAUUGUUGCUGCUGCGAAGCCUGAAGAUGAGGUGCUGCAUGAGAGUGACCUUGCAGCUUGUGCUUCAACCGCAGAUCUUGGUAUUGGGGAAAUUUCUGAUGUGCAAGUCAACGUUGUUGCUGCUGCUAUGAAGCCUGAAGAUGAGGUGCUGCCACUGAGUAACCUCACAGAAUGUGAGUCAGAGGUGGUUGUUGAAACUGCACAUGUUGGUGACAUUGUAGGAAUUUCUGCAACAGGACACAAUGUAAAGGAUUCUGGUGAUGUAGACAAACAAGGCAUGGAAUGCUGUUUUGUCCCAGUGGCGUCUAUGCAUGAUACUGAAGAUGUAAUAUCCAGUGGGAGCACACCGUAUUUCUCCACCAUGGGCGAAGAAAUCAUUGACCUGUCCGAUCAGUCAAGUGAUGUGGGUUACACAGUGAGGAAUGAAGCAUUUAGGAGCAGAGUUGUUGCUGAGAACGAGGCUCGCUACACCGAAGAACAGUUGAGGGAACAACUCGACACGAUAAGAACAAUAACCGGGUACGGGGCUGUGCCUUCUUCGACACUUGAAGGCGAACUGGCAGGGCUUUACAUAUUCGUUGGCGUGGAGCCCCCCAUUGGCUCAAGCGAUACCUCUGACCGCCUGAUGGCACUCAGUGCAGAACUCCGGUUCUUGAAAUCGAUCAUCGGAGUGGACUGAAUAUCUUAGAAGUGAGCUCUGUCCUCCUGUAUCUGUAUAUGCAUAGUUGCAGCCGGUUCAUGUCCUCUUGUGGGCUUUUAGAUACAUUCCUGUGUACUACCCUGAUACUCCGGCAUGAUAUCAUUUGUCAUAUGGAAAUAAGCAUCUGGUGUGUGGAGAGAAA